UUAGGUUGUACAUUAUGUUUUGAUAAUAAUUAACAACAAAAACAUUGUAUUUUAAUAAGUGUUAAUUUGUUGCAAUUGAUAGUUAAAUAAAUUUUAUAAAAAUGGCUCGAAGAAGAAGCCAAAAUCGUCGUUCUUCAAUGAGAAAAUCAUUGGAUCAAAGUGGAUUUUUACUUGACAACUCAAACGUUAAUAAUGAAGAAAUUGAUGAAAAUUUUCUUGAUGAAUAUUUGGGCAAUCAAACAAAUGCCAGUGAUCCAUCAGCAACAAUUAAAUUGUCACUGACACAACAGUUAAAUUCUGAUUCAGAAGUUGAUAAAUCUAAUAUAUCUGAAAAUUGGUAUAAAUCAAAAAAUAUAACAACACCAAGCCAGGAUGUCAUGCCAAAACCAUCAACAAAUAGAAUUCUUCGUAUAAAACGUGAUAAAAGCAUAGUUAAUGAUACAACAUCAGCAUCUGACUCAGACAAUCAAACAGAAAUAAUUAAAAAAAGAAGACCCUUAUUUGGUAAACAUCGUAAAAGUAAAGGAGAACCAAAUCUUUAUGAAAAUGCAUUGAAAUCAGAUAAUGAUAAAACAAUUGAAUCUGAACCAACUCAUACUGUUAAACGAACAAGUAAUGCUGUAGAAAGAGGUUCAAUGUCAUUCGAUGAAAAAAUACCAAAGAAAAAACCUCGAUUAACAAAAAAUACAUCCUUUCAUUCACAUCAAGACAGUAACACAAGCACUGAUAGUGAAAAACCUCGUAAAAAAAGAACUGAUUUGUUUAGAGUCAAGAAUACUCAUGAACGUAAAUCAGUAGUAUAUAGUGAUAUUAUUAAUGAUGAUGAUGAAUCAUUUGUUGGACCUUCACAGCCUUUAAAAAAGUCAGCAGAUAAACAAUUGAGUGUCACAUUAAAUAUGUCACAAGAAAAACCACGUUUCACACCAGAUAUUAAAAAAUCAGUUGGACAUUCUCGUAGAGUAUCUGAUGAUUAUGAUAAGCAUGAAAAGAAAACAGCUGUUCUUGGGGAUAAAAUUACUGAUAGAAUUUCAUCACAUGAUACAUCAAAAAAUUCUUAUACAAAUGUAUCAACUAAACGUGUCACUGAUGAAAAUAAUUCUAGAAUAAAAAGUUUUUCAGUAAGUAAUAAAAAAAAUGUGUCAAUAAGUAGUCAGGAUAUUGGUCAUGAAGGUGAUGUUACAGUCAAUACAACAACUAAUGAUAAAAAAAAUAAUGCUGAUGUUAUUGAUGAAACUAAAUAUACAAUGACACAAGAAUCAACACCAAGUAUAAGUGAUGAAAGUCGAAAAAGUUCACAAAGUUCUGUUAAUAAUAUAUCACAUGAUAAUACCAUGUCAUCAUCAAUCAGACGAGAUUCACAAAUGUCUCAGGAUAUAUCAAAUACAUCUAGUAUUAGUGAAAAACUCAAGGAAUCAUCAAGUGAUUCAAUAAGCUCAGUGUCAAAUGAAAAAAUAGUGCAAGAAAGUAUUGAUCAAGAUUAUGAAAUUGAACAAGUAGAUUCAACAAUAGAAAAUUCAAUAAAUGAUUUAAUUACUGAUGAUUCAGAAGAACCAAAAUAUGAUGAUGCUGAUAAUGAUAAUAUUCAAGAAGAUGAAGAAAUAUCUGUAGAUUCAUUGCAAAAAAAUAAUUCAUCAAGAAUGAAUAGUUCUCUCAGAAAUACUAAUCAAACUGCUGAAGAAAAACUGAUUGAGAUUUCUCAAGAACAGUCUGUACAUGAAGCUGUUAAAAAUAAAAAAUCAAAAAGCCCAUUAUCAUCAAAAUCUAAUGAUCAAAGUCUAGAUAAAACAACACCAACAACUACUACUAAGAGCAAAGAAUCAACAAAAGAUAAUAAAAAAAAUACUUCAACAAGAAAAACAGAUUCAAGUAAAGUUCGAGAAAUAAAAACACCAAAAAGUUUAAAAAAAACUCAACAAACUAAAGAUUCUAUGGAUACACCUUUCAUUCCAUCACGAAAAAGUGAAAAUAUUAGAAAAAGAUCUCUUGAUUUAUCAAAAAACAAUGAAAAUAAAAGUAAUAAAAAAAUAAACAGUGAUGAUGUUGAUGAUGACAAAACAACAGCAACACCACGAAGAAGUGCCCGUUUAAGUAAAAUAGCUAUUAGAAAAUCUGAAAGUGAAGGUGAUCAUCAAUUAUCAAAGACAACAAGAAAAAGUACAAGACAAAGUAAAUCAAAUAUUAAGAAUAAAAAAUCAAUUGGUAAUUCCAGUGAAUCUUCAAAUAUUUUAGCUAAGAAAAAAAAAGCUGUAACACCAUUGCCAGAUGAUUCUGAUGAUAAACAUGAUAAAUCUACUGAAAAUAAUGAUGAUAUGUCUCACAUAAAUGAAGAACAAGAAAAGAAAAUUGUAGAUGAAAAAUCAGUGUCAAGUUUAAAAGCAAUUGAUGAUGAAGAAGAAGAUAGUAAUCGUAGUGCUGAAAGUCGUGAAAAUACUCAAAAUAAAGAUAAAACCAAUGUGACUGGAUCAAUUGAUUUAUCUAAUUCACAACAACAUUUAUCGACUCCAAAUGAUGAAACAAAAAGGAAAAGUUCAUACAAACCUGGUCCUCGUUCUUCAAAGAAUUUGUCAUCUCGAAAACCUUUAUCACCUGCUCUUCUAGCAAAAAAACAAUUAAUUAAUAAAAAUAAAAAUAAUAAAAAAAUCAUUGAUAAAGCAUAUCUUGUUGAUGGAAAAUUUUAUAAAGUACCAAAAUUACCAAGACCAAAACACUGGGUAACAGAUAAACUUUAUAAAUUUUUAUGGAAUAAAAUGGAAUCAAAAUAUGGUACAUCAACUCGUGUUAAAUCAGAAAAAUUUAUUCGUUAUCUUGCUGAUUGUGUUACAAUAAUACAAAGACGUAAAGAAUAUAAAAAUUAUAAAGAUGAUUUAGAUGAUUUAAUGAAAAAAAUGGCAACACUUGAAAUUAUUAAAACACCAUUUGAUUUUAAUCAUUUUUGUUAUGAUUUUUUGCCUUAUGAAUUUAGAGUUAAAGUUAUACCAAUGUUAAUGCCUGGAGGUAAAACAAAUAUUCCAUUUUAUCCAGAUAAAUUAUAUACUCCAAUU